UCCCAAAAAGGAGCAGAGCGGGCUCCCAGCGCUUCCAGCAUCCUGCCACCUCUCUUCCUCCUCCCGCUCACUUCGGGCCAGGCUGGCAGCGAAGCGGGCAGCCAGCACCUUGUUGGAGGAGGUGAGCCUGACUUUGCAGCAUCCCCCCUGGCAGCCCCGGGAACGCUUCUGGCUGCGUCAGCCAAAAUUCCUGCCGGGAACAGUGCUGCAAUGCAGCACAGCACACCACACCCCGGCCAGCGCUGCUCGGCCCCGGCCGCCGUGCGCUGCCCGCCUCCUCUUCCCGAAGAGCCCCGAUGAGUCCCGGCCGCUCGGCAUUCCCUCCUGCGGGCACUUGGCGUGUGUCAGCGCAGCGCGGCGCACGGUCGGUUUCACAACGCGCCGCUGCGCAAGGCGCUGGCUCCCCGGAGGGAUCGGCUGUGGUUGGGAGUUUCGUUUCCCUCGCACGCUACACCCGGAUUCCAGACGCUUUCUGGCUUGGCCGCUGCAUGGACUCAGAGCGCAGGUCCCUUUGCCGUACCCAGCGCAGGCAGACGGGGCUCCCCUCGGCUCCAGGGAGUGGACCAUGAAGACGUCAGUUGUGUUUUUGCUUUGCCUCUCGGUUUUCCCAGGCUUUUCCCAGGGCAGAGUUGUCGGCAGGGAUGAAGCUGGUUUUGCGGAGUGUAACGUGUUCUUCCCUGGACAAGUCCCACCCGAAGGGUUUACACAGCCGUUCCACGUGAAAAUCUGUCAGCACUACAACAAAGAGCCGCGCUUUGCAACCCUCUACAGCACUAAGGACAAAAUCCCUCUUUAUUCAGCUUUUAAGUACACAAAGCCAGCCCAAAGCGAGGAGGAGAGCUGGCUGGUCGAACCGCAGAUAGAUGACCCAGAAAAUGACCUGCAGGAGAUGGUGCAUGAAGCCGAUGUCGUUGGCACUGUGGCCAACCUCGGUGCAAACCAAGCCCUGACCUCAGACUACGUGGGCUCUGGCUAUGAGAGAGGGCUGCUCAAUCCCAGCUUGCUCAAUGAGGAGGAUUUCCAGAUGGCCACUUACACGCUCACAAACGCCGUCCCUCUGAGCCCGUCUCUGAGCAAAAGCUGGCACAGAGACAUUGGGAGGGUAGUGGAGAAAGCUCUGGUCCCUCACUGCUCCAAGAAGGAUCACCUGUACCUCCUUGCAGGGGCAAUUCCUUCUAGUGCCCGGGUUAAAGGCAAGCUGUCGGUGCCAGAGACGCUGUGGCUGGCAGCCUGCUGUGAUGCUCCGGAGGGCUGGUCCCUGGGAAUAGUGAAAACCACGAAUGAUGACAACAGCUUGGCAGACCUCACAGUGAGAGAGCUGGAGAAGAAGCUUCUCGUAGGAGUUCACUUGUUCAAGGGCAGCUGUGGGGAUGACAACCAAAGCCAGGAGAAAACAAGAGCGAUACUGCAAGCUGUCAGUCAGAUCCGCUCUGGAGAGCAAGUGAGAGCAAGUGACAGCCAGGAUGCCAAGGAGAGCGGGUUGGUGAGAAGAGUGGCUGGCAUCAUCGCUACCCCUUUCAUCAAACUUCUGGAACUCCUCAUCUACGUGUUUGUGGAGCUGGUGAAAUACGUGUUUUAUUUUCUGUGGCUUGUUGUCAAGCGGGUUUGUGGUACAGUUCUGGAUGGAGUCUGCAACCUGUGGAACGGGGUGGUGUCCUACCUGAAGAACAUCACCAUGGUGCUCAUCAGCAUUCCUUAUGAUGUGGGGAGGGUCAUCGUCAACAUCUUCAUGGGCUUCCUGCAAAUUGUUGAAGAUCUGGCGUCCCUCACCUACAGGAUCCUGAGCAUCCCCGUGGGGUUUGUCCUUCACCUCGCUGCUUUCCCUUACCACUCCAUCUGUGCCAUUCCCUCUGUCCUCAAAGACAUGGCCAACGGGAUCGGGGGCACCUUCUGGCUGGUCAUCGAUGCCACAGCCACCAUUCUGCACGGCUUCUGUUACCUGGCUGGUCACAUAGUCAAACGGUUUGUCCCUAAAGCCUCCUCUGAUGACUGACAGGAAUGGAAACCGAGGCUGCAAAGGCAUGGAUUGAAGGAGGAGUGGGGCAAUGCUUUAAGAUACGUGGCCAAACGCUGUCCAUUUUGUUCUGGUAUUUAUUGUAGUGACAUUAAUAAUAAUGAACCAACUGGGGAGUAACAGGGAAGGCUGAAGUGACGUUGCUGGGGGCCACCACCACUAACUCAAGUUCUGUCUGUUGUAAAGUGUUCUGGUUUCAUUGGUGCAGGCCACAAACUGUCUGUGAUUUGCACAUCUCAAGAUGCUUCCUCUGAGAGAUGUGCACUAGAUGUGGUACGAGGUUACUUCUUUCCAGCUCUGAUAACACUGAAACCUAUGCACUGACAGUGAGCUCUGCAGAGCCCACCCCUGCCAGGGAGGUGGUGGUGGUGAGGGGAGGAUUUUAGUUAUGGAGGGUUUUCCAGGACCUGGAGAAAGGAAACGGGGGAAUGGGUGCAAGGGUUUGGGAUCAGGGAACAGCGGGGAGCAGGGCGGGAUGUGGGUAAGGUCCUGCUGUUGUUUGCACUGCUCCCUGCACUGCUGGAAGGGAUGUGACUGGGUCUAUCUCCUAGCCCUCAGGCUUUUCCAGGCAGCUGGAAUCACAUGGAUCUUGCUGUGAGGAAAGACCUGCUGCCUGUUCUUUUGCAUGGUGGGAAAACAUUUUCCUUCAGCCAUACCACGAUUGUCUUCCCUCAGCCCUUCCUUGCUCUUUGGUGACCACUGAGGGUCUAAGCCCUGAAGUUUCAAGAUGUGGCAUUCUCUGAAUUCAGGUCUAAGCCCCUAAAUAAGCUCCAAAGCCCAGCAGCACCCUGGAGUUAUGCUUUUGGCUUUGAAUCAGUUGCCACCCACCCUGCCUCCCUUGGUUGCUGCUGGCUCCCUGGGCAUGCAGCGGUGUGUAGGUGCCUGAGGUCAACACAAAACAAUGGCGAUGGUGAUGGGUAACACCACAACUGUCCUUCUGAGGCUGGCGAAAAUGAUCCUCCUGGGUUUCCCUCUAGGGCUGAAGAAAGCAGCUCUGCGCUUCCCACCAGUCUGGGUUGGCACCAGGGAUGUCCCUAUAGGAAGAGGACAUGGGAGAGAUGCAUGGAGAGCUUGUAGGGGGAUUUUGCUGCUUUCAUGUGGGGUUAUUUGGUGUUUUCAUAGCCCCCACCCAGAGGUAAAGUCAGAGCAGGGCAGGAGCCAGCCCUGAGCAGGGCAGGUGAGUCCCCUUAGAAUAGAAUCAUAGAAUCAAGUAGGUUGGAAAAGAACUUUAAGAUCAUCAAGUCCAACCAUUACCCCAGCACUGCGAAGGCCACCACUGAACCACUGAGGGCCUCAUCUACAUGGUUUGUGAGCGCUUCCAGGGAUGGUGACUCCAGCACUGCCCUGGGCAGCCUGUUCCAAUGCCUGAGCACCCUCUUGGUGAGGAAAAUUUCCCUCAUAUCCAAUCUAAACCUCCCCUGGUGCAACUUGAGGUCAUUUCCUCUUGUCCUAUUGCUUGUUACUUGGGAGAAGAGACUGACCCCACCUCACUACAACCUCCUUUCAGGCAGCUGUAGAGAGCAAUAAGGUCCCCCCGAGCCUUCUAUUCUCCAGACUAAACACCCCCAAAAUCCCUUGGUGCUGUGCUGGUCAUGAAGCUGGUCUGAGGGACGUCAGGGAAGGUAUUCCUGCCAUUGGGAGAGAAAAGGCAGAGGGAAUGGGAUACUCGUGGUGAGCCACUUGCACUUGCAGGUUGGCAGCUCUGAUGGAAGAGGCCUCUGCCACCCGCGAGGGGAAGAGAGGCCCAUGUGCCUGCUGGAGUUGCAGGAAACAUCAUGGCCAAGCUCACACUGAGCCCUAACAACAGCUUUUUGCUGGGCAUUUCCCUUCCUUAGCUGGUUUUGGAAUCCUGGAGGAGGGAAAAUGCAUUUUCACUUCCCCUGUUUCUCCAUAGGGACUGUGGACUGACCUGGGGUGCAGCGCUCGUUUUGCUGUGUAGAUACCCACCUGGUGAGCCCAUGCACAAGCAGACACCUUGAUGUUGGAGGGGGACCAACCUCCCUCCUGCACUACUCAUCCUGCCUGCUCGCUCUUCACCCCUUCUCCUCGCUGCUGUGAGCCAGGACCCCCACAUCUGUGACACAGGAGCCUGCAGGGAUUUGCAGCUGGAUAAGGGGCACAGGGACACCACCACUGCUGGAGGAGGGCACAGGGGAGCUGCCUGCCCUGGGGCUCUGGAUCUCCUGGUGCAGGAGGGAAUCUCUUGGUCUCAGCAGUGUUUGCUCUGUCUGGACUGGGAGUCCUACAUACAUGAAUCCUUCCCUUCACUUGCUCCUCUGUCCCUCCCUCCAGUGCCAGGUUGGUUGUGGACCCCUGAUGUGCCAUAGCAUCCCAUAAGGAGUCCUAGGGGUGCGCAAGCCGGUGCUGCUGUCCCCAGGGGGAACCCUGCGGUGCUGUGUUGGCCAGUCCUGGGUUGAAGAAAGCCCAGUUAACUCAUCAGGGCAGCUUUGCCUCUCUGCCUCAUGCUGCCUGCAGCAGGGCUGAGCUGGGGGUACACAGAUUUAGAGGGUAAAGGAGAUUUGGCUGGUUCAUGGUGGUGACAGGGGGUUGUUUCCUUAGCUUGGGGGCUGUGUGUCAACACAACCAUCUGUGUGUGCCCAUCCCAGACCAGCACACCCCAACCGGGUGGCACCCUGUUCAGCAAUGGUGCUAAUGGCAUUGUUGGAGAUGCCAACAAUGCGGAGGAAAUGGGGAGGUGGUGGGAUGAGUGGGGAGAGAGGAUGACUCCUUGUCUCACCCUUUGUGGACCAUGGCUAGAUUGUGGAGAAAAAGAGGCCUCCUUGCAAGCCUGUAUUGGAAAGGAAAGGAAAGGCGGCUUUUGUGUGCCAAUAGGGGUAUAGUCGAGCGAGGCCAGUGGUGUUUUACAAGUCCCUCCUUCAUGCUGGAGCUGUUGGUUUGGGCAUUUUGGGGCAAGGUCCAGGUCGCUGCUCCCAGCAGGCAGGCGGCAGCCUGCGGAUGCUCUCCAAACCAAAGGAUGCAUCUCUGCCUGCUCACACGUGCCUUCUCCGCUGCACAACCACGUGUGGAGCUGGCUCCCACUCCUUCAACAGGCCCUGUCCCAGCCCCAGCACUGCUCUCAGGCGACGUGGCAGCCACCAAGGCAGGGAAGCAGCCAGCUCAGGAGACACCAAGGUGGGGAGACCCAGCAUCCCCAGCAGCCCCUGAAGCCACGUGUGGUGUCAGCAGCUCCCAAGCGCAGCCCAAGCACGGCAGGAGGUGGCUGCCCCCCACAGCUGCCUGUCUUGUGCCUUCUGCAUUAUCUCUGGCCCAUUUUGGCUGUGCAGUGCCCAGCGAUGCACUUCCCUGGUCCCGCACCCAGAGAAGCAUCCCUACACCUUAACCCAGGAGGUUCCGCACCCCAGCUCCACAGCUCAGCAUCUCCAGGGCACCCCCUGCUCGCAGUGACAUGGAAGUUUAUGUGCUGAGAGGCAGCAAAGCUGAUGCACCUCAGGUCUGCAUUGCUGCAUCUCCAUCACCGCCGCUACCCAGCCUAGCAUGGCGCUGCAACCAUGUCUCCUGGCCACCAGUGGACAGUCCUUAAUAUCUAAGGGGCUGUGGCACUGUGGGGUUUGGGCUGAUGUGGAACAGUAUUACUAAAGUUGUCUUAACAUGCUCAGAUUCCAAACCUGCACAGGGCUUUUUUCUCCUCUGCUGCAUGUCUGAGCGGGCAAUGGGAAGUGUGCCUCAAGCACCGAGCAAUCAUCAGAGAACAAGCAACAUCCUGCUACAAACUUAACUAUUGUUUGAGAUUAUUCUUAUCCGGGCAUGAUUUAUGGCUUCUGAGCUUUGCUCUAUCCUUGGAAACAAAUGGCUUCAACAAAAUAAAAGUUACUUUUCCAAAGA